CUUGCAAGAAAUGACGACCGUGAGUGACGGUGAUAAAAUAGCUGUAAAUAUUCGAUUUUCAUACAUGUGAAUUGGAUAGUUUGCUCACAUACCAGACGGUACUAUAAAAUGUUCAAUCGAAAGUCUAAUCGGAUGUUUUUUGAAAGAGUGGACGGAUAAUUCUGAAGUUUCUUCGUUGAAUAGGUUAUGUGUGGCUGACAGGGAAACUGUCAAUGACGAUACCUGGAGUUCUGAAUUUUGUUUCCAGGAUACAUAAUAAUAUGCCGAGUCAACUCACUUUAGAGUCUCAGAACACCAAACCUGUUCUUUGGAUGACCAAAGCUUAAUUGUAUUUUGGUAGUAGGCAAAUACUAGGAUAAUUAAGUUGUUGAGAUAAUCUAUGAUUGUCAGUUGAUGAAAUUUAUUUGAGAUGAUCGAUUCGAUCCCAUGUCCUCAAAGUACUUAAAAUAAUGGAUUAUGAAUACAUGCCCUUUUAUCGGGAGAAAGAUAUUCAUAAUAAAUGUUGCGGGGGAAAACUAUGGUGUAUAAAGGACAUCUGUGGCAUCAUUUGCGCGAUACUGACAUGGUUUCUCAUAAUCUAUGCCGAGUUCGUAGUGACCGCUGUUAUACUUAUCCCUACCAUAAACACGUUUUAUUCAAGCUUGAAUAUGGCGAUAUUUCAAACGCUAGCAUUUUUAGCUUUUACGUCUCAUCUUAGGACAAUGUUUACAGAUCCAGGUGCGGUACCGAAGGGAAAUGCAACAAAAGAGAUGAUACAGCAAAUGGGGUUUCGAGAAGGUCAAGUAAUUUUCAAGUGUCCCAAGUGCUGCUCGAUUAAACCUGAUAGAGCCCAUCACUGUUCGGUUUGCCAAAGAUGUAUUAGAAAAAUGGAUCAUCAUUGCCCGUGGGUCAACAACUGCGUAGGAGAAAAUAAUCAAAAAUACUUUGUACUAUUUACUUUCUACAUAGCAGGCAUCUCGUUGCAAUCGCUACUUCUUUGUAUACAACAGUUCACCACGUGUGUUAGGCAAGAAUGGAGAGAUUGUUCAACGUUCAGCCCUCCGGCAACUGUAAUCCUACUUUUAUUCUUAACGUUUGAAGCACUCUUAUUUGCCAUAUUCACCGCUGUAAUGCUUGGCACUCAGCUACAGGCCAUUUGGAACGAUGAAACGGGCAUAGAACAACUAAAAAAAGAAGAAGCUAGGUGGGUUCGCAACAGCAGGUGGAAAUCCAUACAGGCUGUAUUCGGAAGAUUUUCUAUCGCUUGGUUUUCGCCAUUUACGUCGCCACCGAACGCUAAGACUAAGUUGGACUCUUAUUUAUAUUCCGUCUAGACUAAUGUGGAUAUUAAAGAUAACAUUAAUGUAUGUCUGUGGAGUAACACCGUUGUAUGGGUGUGCGCGCAUAGUUGCAGACGCGCCUUGUAAAUAUUAUACAAAGUGUGACAUGAUCGUACACCUACGCAUCCACACAAAUUACGUUCCAGUACAAGGAGUGUACAACACGAAUUUUCUUUCACUUCCUCUUAACAAAGGCGUUAAGAGUUUGAAAUUCUGCAGGACAAAAAGUAAAACUACUCGCUGCAGCAAGAAUUCAUUUGACAUUAACAUUUAGCAAAUGUGUAUAUUUGUAAUGUGUUUAACGUCAAAGUGCUUUGGGAUAUAUAUAUGUAUAUUCAGCAAUCUGCAGACAUUCCACGGAUACCUAGUGCACGCGUGUAAAUAAUACUACCGAGGUGUUUUUACGAAAAGUACCGGAAAAUGUUUACAAUUUUAUACUGCUGACUUUCGUUUUAACUUAAGCGUACGGCCAAGCAAGAUAUUCCGGAGGACGUGUUCAUUGCGUCCGCCAUUUUUAAACCGUACCUUUGCUUGUGUGGUGUGCCCUUCGAGUUGGAACCUAAGCGAACUAUCGUGCGUCUUACUUUAAUUAAUGUUAAUACAAAGUGCAAUGUUAUGCUCUCUGGCGUUGAGAAGAAUCGACAGGCCGCUAAGCGGUGGUCCAAAUUUCGGCUAUUUUGACCUCAUCGUCUACUUAAUUAUCGACCGUUUGCAUCUCCACUGCUCGAUGCUUCCACGAUAUUAUUUAUUUGUACAAUUAAUAGGGGAUUAUUUAACAUUUUCCAAAAUAAUUCCGACGGCUGUACACGCGCAAUCUCCUCCGAAUUCGUCGUUAGGAGGAGCGGAAAGUAAUCCACGUACUUCCACGUUGCUGUAAUUAAAAGACCUCGCGGUGUAAUCGCGACCCUCGAUCGUGUCAAGAAUAAAAGAAUAAAGCGCGGCCUCCGUGCAGCCGUAUAA